CGCGGGGCCUCCUACGCCGGCGGCGCGUUCGGGGCCUUGCGUGCGUGUUGACGCAGACGCCGAGUGACUUGGGGCGCCGGCCGCCAUCCUCGUCCUUUCCUCCUGGACUCCGCCAUGGGCACCCCCGAGAAGGACGUGGCGAUCAAGGCCGACGCGCCCGAUACAUUGUUGCUGGAGAAGCACGCGAGCUACAUCUCCACCUACGGGGCCAAGAAGGACGACUACGAAUACUGUAUGUCUGAAUACUUAAGGAUGAGUGGAAUCUACUGGGGAUUGACAGUGAUGGAUCUAAUGGGCCAGCUUCAUCGAAUGAAUCGAGAGGAAAUCCUGACUUUCAUUAAAGCAUGCCAGCAUGAGUGUGGUGGCAUCAGCGCCAGCCUAGGCCAUGAUCCUCACCUUUUGUACACUCUUAGUGCUAUUCAGAUUCUUACUCUUUAUGAUAGUCUUAAUGUUAUUGAUGUAAAUAAAGUUGUUGAAUAUGUACAAAGUCUACAGAAAGAAGAUGGGUCCUUUGCUGGAGACAUCUGGGGAGAGAUAGAUACAAGAUUUUCCUUCUGUGCUGUGGCAACGUUAGCUCUUUUGGGGAAGCUAGAUGCCAUCAAUAUUGAAAAGGCCAUCGAAUUUGUUUUAUCCUGCAUGAACUUUGAUGGUGGAUUUGGGUGCAGGCCAGGCUCUGAGUCCCAUGCUGGGCAGAUCUAUUGUUGCACAGGAUUUCUGGCUAUUACUAGCCAGUUGCAUCAAGUUAAUUCUGAUUUGCUUGGUUGGUGGCUUUGUGAACGCCAGUUACCAUCCGGUGGACUCAAUGGACGACCAGAGAAGUUACCAGAUGUAUGUUAUUCCUGGUGGGUCUUAGCCUCCUUGAAAAUAAUUGGAAGGCUUCACUGGAUUGACCGGGAGAAAUUGCGCUGUUUCAUUUUGGCUUGUCAAGAUGAAGAAACCGGAGGCUUUGCAGACAGGCCAGGAGAUAUGGUAGAUCCUUUUCAUACUUUAUUUGGAAUUGCUGGGCUGUCUCUCUUAGGAGAUGAACAAAUCAAGCCAGUCAAUCCUGUGUUUUGCAUGCCUGAGGAAGCACUUCGAAGAAUAAAUGUUCAACCAGAACUAGUGAGCUAGACAGCCCCACCCACUGUACUUGUCUUUUUACUUGACUCUUUUGAAUGUGUAUAUGAAUAUAGCAAGAAGACGAGGAUUUUGGUGACUUGGUCUUACAUUAUAUAUUGUCAAUUUUAAUAAAUUAUAGUUAUAUAUUUAUGUUAUAUAUAUAUAUAUAUUGUAAAAAGCAACUCUAUCCAUCUAAUACUCGCUCCAGAUGAUCCACUGUGAUGCUCUCUAAUUCUUAGUGCAAUAGGCUAAUGGUACUUGAAGCUUGUAAUGAUGGGUCACUGACAUUUCAAGAAGCAGGCAAAACACUAGCACUUAGUGUUAUAAAAUUUUAAGCAUGUAAUGCCUUUGGAAAUGAUUGCCAAGUAAUAGAAUCUGAUGUAUAAAUAAUGAACAGAUGUCAUUUCUAUUUAAAAAGCUACCAAGAAAUGCAAAGCCCUUCCCUAGGAGGGCUUGAGAAGUCUUUUCAUUCUUGUAAAGUUGAUAUACGAUCUUAGACUCUGAAAAGACUGAUUUAUUGCUUAAACUUGUUCCCUGUAAGUGGGUCAGGAAAAGUUAGGAACUUAUUCAUAUUGCAUAUUCUCUGUACAUGCCUCUCAAAUGUGUCCACACAGUAGUUUAAGGAAUGAUUUUAGUGAGAUCAUGUGGAUUUUCCGCCUAGCAUGAAAAAAUUUGAGAAUAAAAUGAGUAUUCUGUGAUUGA